AUGAGCCAGCCAAAGCCAACGGUCCUGUACGUCGGCAACCCGAUCCGCGGCCUCCCGCAGCGCUGGGACGAGCUGUCCGCGCGCUUCAACGUCCUCCACUACCGCUCGCUGCCGCUGCCCGAGCUGAUCCAUGAACUGAGCACGCCCGAGGGCAAAUACAGCAGCAUCGACGCCAUCUUCAGGCCCAACAACACGCUCACGGACAACCUCCCGCCGCUAGACGACCGCCUGAUCCCUCACCUGCCUCGUUCACUCAAGCUGAUCGCAUCCGUCAACCACGGCUACGACAGAGAAGACACCUCUGCCCUCGCCGCACGCAAGAUAUGGUACUGCAACGGAGCCGGCGCAGCAAACGACUCAACGGCCGACCUGGCCCUGUUCCUAAUCAUAGCCUGCUUCCGCCAUACUACCGUCUGCGAGCGCACGGUACAUACUCUACGGCGCGGGAACUUCUACGACAUCGAGGAGCAGGUAGGGAAUGUAGCGCAGAACCCGCGCGGAAAAGUGCUGGGUAUCGUGGGGCUAGGGGAGAUUGGAGCGGCUGCUGCGACCCGGGCGAUGGCGCUGGGCAUGAAGAUACAUUACUUUGGUCGGCGGCGGAAGAGUGAGGAUGUCGAGCGGGCGUUGGGCGGUGCGGUGUAUCAUGGGGAGCUUGCGAGUUUGCUGGGCGAGGCGGACUGUGUGCUGCUGGCGUGUCCGCAUAGCGAGGAGACGCAUCACUUGCUGAAUGCGAGGACGUUUGGGAUGAUGAAACGGGGAGCGAGGGUGGUGAAUGUUGGACGGGGCAAAUGUGUGGAUGAAGAGGCGCUGGCGGAUGCGAUUGAGGCGGGCAUCGUGAGUGCAGCUGGCCUGGAUGUGUAUGAAGAGGAGCCGAAGAUCAACGAGCGGCUGCUGGAUAGCUGGAGGGUCACUUUGACGCCGCAUAUUGGAGGAGCCACGAUUGAUACUCAAGCAAACUUUGAGAAGAUCGCGAUGGACAACCUGGAGGCCUUUUUCUUUGGUGACGGCAAGCCUGUGACUCCAGUGAACAGAGUGGAACAAGCUGGAGUACUUACUGGGAGAUAUUGA